AUGGCCUCUUCUCGACCAUCGCGACGCGUCGCCAGGCGGGCAAUUAUCGAAUCCGACGACGAAGAUGAAAUCUCCUUGACAUCAAAUGCUCGCGAGGAGUCGCCCGACUUUGAGCCCGAACAGCCAGCCCCCAAGAAAACCAGGACCGCGCGCAGGUCAGUUCCAUCUGCGGCCGCUGCUGAUACGUCCACAACGUCCACAACGUCUGCAAAACCGACAAAAGCGCCAAAGGCACCUCGAACUCGUCGGCGCCCUAAAAAGGCCCCAACCCCGUCAGAGACCGUCGAUAACAGCGACAUACUCGGCGAAGAUGAAAUCUCCCAAGCAAACGUCACUGCGACCCCGAAACCUCGCCGGACUAAGAGAGCCUCAACGACUCGACCUCAAGAAACCCAAGCUGUGCAGUCGACCCCAGCACCCAAACCACCGCAGCCAUCAAUAGAAACUCCGCACGCACAGCGGCUGGGUUCUCCUCUGACAGAUAUCACAUCAAACGUCAAUACUGUCAAAGCCAAGCCACCGCCCUCUGCCAAACCCGUCAGGACAAUGGAUACCAUUAUGGAGAAGCCAAUGGAUAUUGUCGUCAAGUCACGGACAUUGACGAUACCUAUUGUCGAAGAUGCAACACCAAAGCCUCGCAUAGUCAUCACACAUUUGGUUCUCGAAAACUUCAAGAGCUACGCUGGACGACAAGAAGUGGGACCAUUCCAUGCGUCGUUUUCAUCCGUUGUUGGACCGAACGGCUCUGGAAAGUCCAACGUCAUUGACUCUCUCCUCUUUGUGUUUGGUUUCCGAGCCAGCAAGAUGCGACAGGGAAAGAUCUCUGCUUUAAUUCACAAUUCUGCACAGUAUCCUAACCUUCCUUUCUGUGAAGUUGCGGUGCAUUUUCAAGAGGUCUUGGAUCAGCCCGGGGGUGGCCAUGAAGUAAUCCCUGAUUCGGAGCUCAUCAUUUCCCGUAAAGUUUUCAAAAACAACUCCAGCAAGUAUUACAUCAACGGCAAAGAGUCAAGCUUCACGAUUGUUACUACACUUCUGCGUGACCGUGGCGUGGAUCUUGACCACAAGCGUUUCUUGAUUCUCCAGGGAGAGGUCGAAUCAAUUGCUCAGAUGAAGCCCAAGGCUGCGAAUGAGCACGAAGACGGAUUACUGGAAUAUCUCGAAGACAUCAUUGGAACCUCCAAAUAUAAAACUCCGAUUGAAGAGUCCGCGGCUGAGGUCGAAACUAUCAAUGAACUUUGCAUGGACAAGAGCGCUCGUGUUCAGCAUGUUGAGAAGGAGAAGAACAGCCUGGAAGAAAAGAAAGACAAGGCACUCGCAUUCAUUCGAGAUGAGAAUGAACUCGCCAUGAAGCAGUCUGCAUUGUAUCAACUCUAUCUCCAUGAAUGUACGGACAACAUCGCAAUCACAGAAGAGGCGAUCAACCAGAUGCAGUCUCAACUGGACCUUGAACUCGAAAAACACCAAGGCAGCGAGCAGAUUAUCAAGGAACUCGAGCGCCAAUACGCCCAAGUUGGUAAGGAGUUUGAAGCUCAAGACAAGCAAACUCAGGCAUUCGUCAAACAAUUGGCAAAGUUUGAACAAGAACGCGUCAAGUUUGACGAGAAGAAGAAAUUCUUGGAAGACAAGAGGAAAAAGCUCCAAAAAUCGAUUAACAAGGCUGAAAGAUCUGCGACUGAGGCUGAUGAGACAAUCGAGCAAUGCGGAGAGGACAUUGUCACACGGACUCAAGAAAUCGCGGCACUAGAGACUAUGGCGAAAGAAGAAGAAGCUGAGCUCACCAAGAUCAGAGACAAUCUGAAGGGAAAGACCCAAGUCUUUUCUGAUCAGAUUGCAGCUAAACAAAAGUCUCUGGAGCCAUGGACAGAAAAGGUCAACCAGAAGCAAUCUGCCAUUGCCGUUGCCGAAAGUGAGAUGAACAUUCUCCAGGAAAAGGCGAAUGCUGGUGCAGUCGCUCUGCGGGAGCUGGAGGCCAAAAUUUCAUCUAUUGAAGAGGGCAAAGUUUCCAAGCAGAAGGAGCUCAAGGCUUGCCAGGCUGAAAAAGCAAAAUUGACAAAAGAGGCCGAAAAGAUGAAGUCGGAGCUCUCUAUUCUCGCAGAACAAGAACCAAAGAUAAGAUCAAAGAUUUCCAACGCCCGCCAGAAAGCAGAUGAAGCUCGCUCAAGUUUGGCCAAUACUCAAACGAGGGGCAAUGUGCUAUCUGCCCUGAUGCGAAUGAAGGAAACAGGACGUAUCGAUGGAUUCCAAGGUCGUCUAGGAAACCUCGGCACUAUUGAUAAGAAAUACGACGUGGCAGUCUCUACCGCGUGCCCUCAGCUGGACAACUUUGUCACCGAAACAGUCGAGGCAGGUCAGCAGUGUAUUGAGUAUCUACGGAAGAAUAACCUUGGUCGUGGCAACUUCAUCUGUCUAGAUAAACUUCGACAACGGGACAUGUCGCCGAUCAACACCCCAGAAAAUGCGCCGCGGCUGUUUGAUCUUGUCAAAGCAAAAGCCGACAAGUUUCUACCAGCGUUCUAUCAUGCUAUGCAGGAUACCCUUGUUGCCAAUGACCUUGCGCAGGCUAAUCGUAUUGCUUACGGCUCCAAGAGGUGGCGCGUUGUGACGCUGGACGGCGAAUUGAUUGACAAAUCUGGUACCAUGUCAGGAGGUGGCAACACGGUGAAGCGAGGCCUCAUGUCCUCCAAGCUCGUUGCCGACACAACACAAGAACAUGUCGCCAAACUUGAAGAGGAUCGCGAUGGGUGGGAAACCAAGUUCCAAGAGUUCCAGGAAUAUCAGCGAGAAUGCGAGAACAGAAUGAAGGAGCUGAGCCGGGAAAUCCCUCAACUAGACACCAAGAUGCAAAAAAUCGGCUUGGAAAUGGAGAGCGCCACGCGAAACUUGGCUGAUACCCAGCGACGUAUCCAGGAAGUCAACAAGGAGUACCAACCAUCCGCUGAAGACUCCAAGAGAAUCUCGACACUGCAGAAAGAAGUAGCUAAGCUGACUGCAGAAGUGGAGAAACUUCGCGGUGAGACAUCCAGCGUCGAGGAGGAGAUUAAAGCUCUGCAGGACAAGAUUAUGCAAGUUGGUGGAGACGCGCUGCGAGCUCAGCGAGCCAAGGUUGACUCCAUCAAAGAGGAGAUUUCAACUUCAAAUGACGAAAUCUCCAACGCUGAAGUCAAGAAAGCCAAGGCCGAAAAACAAAAGGUCAAGCUCGAGAAGGAACACACCAAGGCUACCAAAGAGCGGGAUGCCGCAGUACGCGAUCUUGAGCAGCUGCAAGACGGCCUUGAUAACCAAGGAGAGAAAGCGGAAGAGCUCAAAGCCCGCGUCGAAGAAGCCGAGCAAGGGCUUGCGGAGAUGAAGACGGGGCUGAAGCAGCUCAAGACAGAGUUGGACGCCAAGGUUGCAGAGCUGAAUGAAACCCGAGCGGUGGAGAUUGAGAUGCGGAAUAAGCUCGAAGAGAACCAGAAGGUUCUCGCUGAUAACCAGAAGCGACUCCGAUACUGGCAAGACAAGCUGUCCAAACUUUCGCUCCAAGAUGUUGAUGAUUUGGUCGGCAACUCGGGUCCUAAGCCCAUCAAGACCGAAGAAUCGGAGCAGACUGAGAUGCCAGGGCCUUCAGAAAAUGAUGACGAUGAUGAAGAUGUUGAGAUGACAGACGCCGAGGCCGAUGAUGCUGAGAUGGAAGAUGGAGACGCCAUGUCAGUUACGUCUGACAAGACUGAACAUGCCGAAAGCGCACCCGCUCGCCAGCCCAACGAACUGCCAAGGUACACGCCAGACGAGUUGGCUGGUAUGAGUAAGGAGACUCUUAAAGGGGAGAUUGCCGCGUUGGAAGAGAAGACUCAGAAUGUCAACGUGGAUCUCGGAGUUUUGGCUGAGUACCGUCGUCGCGUGGAAGAACAUAUGAACCGCGCGUCUGAUCUGCAAACAGCACUUGAACAGCGCGAUGCAGCCAAGAAGAGACUGGAUGACUUGCGCCGUUUGCGACUUGAAGGCUUCAUGGAGGGCUUCAGUGCAAUUUCACUGCGCCUCAAGGAGAUGUACCAAAUGAUCACCAUGGGAGGUAACGCAGAACUCGAGUUGGUUGACAGCUUAGACCCCUUCAGCGAAGGUAUCCUUUUCAGCGUCAUGCCGCCCAAAAAGAGCUGGAAAAAUAUUGGCAAUCUUUCGGGUGGAGAGAAGACUUUGAGUAGUCUUGCUUUGGUGUUUGCUCUGCAUCACUAUAAACCAACGCCGCUAUAUGUCAUGGACGAAAUUGAUGCUGCUCUGGACUUCCGAAACGUCUCGAUCGUCGCGAACUACAUCAAAGAGCGUACAAAGAAUGCACAGUUCAUCGUUAUUUCGCUACGAAACAACAUGUUUGAGCUUGCAGCGCGCCUUGUCGGCGUGUACAAGGUCAACCAUAUGACGAAGAGUGUCACGAUUGAGAACAAGGACUUUAUCGACAGGCCUCAAAUGACACAGCAGCAGCAGCAGAGAGCGCUGGGAGGAGGUGGAAAUACGACCACAGUGCCAAUGAGGUAGCACGAAUAAGUUGUCUUUCAAUUCUAAUGUGACAGAAGGGCUUAUGUUAUUAGGCGAACCGAUGGCGGAAAUUGACCGCACCUUUGACGUGUCCAUGACUCUCAUAUAUGGGGCAAAAGGGUAGGCAAACAUUGGAGACAUACCCGGGGUCUGGUUUUGUUUUUGGAAUUAUGGCGGAUACUUUUGUCGAAAAAGGAUAUAGCUUUUAAUGAUUUUUUAUGAGCAAAUGCCUGUUGGAUUUCAAAGUAUGUGAGACGCUGAUG